GACCAGCGAGGAGGCUGGGAGACCAGUCCAGAAGAGGGACGAUAGUGGCUUGGACCACGGUGGUGGCAGUGGCGGUGGAGAGAAGCAGCCGCACCUCCAGCGCUGCCAUGCCGGCCACCAACCAGGGCUGGCCCGAAGACUUCGGCUUCCGGCUGGGCGGCUCGGGCCCCUGCUUCGUCCUGGAGGUGACAGAAGGGAGCAGCGCACACGCCGGGGGUCUGCGGCCCGGGGACCAGAUCCUGGAGGUGGAGGGGCUGGCCGUGGGUGGCCUGAGCCGCGAGCGCCUCGUGCGCCUGGCCCGGCGCUGCCCGCGCGUGCCUCCCAGCCUCGGCGUGCUCCCGGGCCCCGAGGGCGACGACCGAGGCACGGGAUCCGGCCGUGCGUCCCCGACCCCAGCCCUGCGACCCCCGCGCCCCGGCCGAGGCCUCUCCCUGGGCCGAGAGCUUCUGCGCCUGGCCCUCCGCAAACGCCCCGAGGCGGUGCACCGCGAGCGCAGGCGCAAGGCCCAGGAGUUCAGCCGCAAGGUGGAUGAGAUCUUGGGGGACCAGCCCACUGCCAAGGAACGGGUGUUCGCCGCCCUGAAGCAGUUUGCGGCUGAGCAGCGGGUAGAUGACCUGGUGUGGGCGCUCACCCUGGAGCUGCCCCGCGAGGCCCGCACGCCACUCCUGGACAACCUCAGGAUCUUCAUCCCCAAGAAGCACCGGGCGCGCUUCGACGAGGUGGUGUCGCAGGGUCUGCUGGGCAAGCUGUGCCGCGCCCGGAGGGCGCAGGGCGCACAGCGGCUGCGCCGGAGCCGCAGCGAGGAGCGGCCCGAGCGCCUCCUGGUGUCCACUCGAGCCAGCGCCGCCCCGCGCCGCCCCGACGAGCCGCCCCCGCGCAAGGCUGCCUCGCUGCUGGGCGGCCGCGCGGGCCCGGGGGGCACGCGCAGGACAGUCCGAGUCUACAAGGGCAACAAGAGCUUCGGCUUCACGCUGCGCGGUCACGGGCCUGUCUGGAUCGAGUCUGUCCUGCCUGGGAGCCCAGCUGACAAUGCGUCCCUCAAGUCAGGCGACCGCAUCCUCUUCCUCAAUGGACUGGACAUGAGGAACUGCUCCCAUGACAAGGUGGUAUCCAUGCUUCAAGGUAGUGGCGCGAUGCCCACACUGGUGGUGGAGGAGGGGCUCGUCCCAUUUGCCAGCGAUUCCGAUUCCUUGGAUUCCCCCAACCCGUCCUCGGCGCUCACCUCCCUGCAGUGGGUGGCAGAGAUCCUGCCCUCCAGCAUCCGGGUGCAGGGGAGGACUUUCAGCCAGCAGCUGGAGCACCUACUCACGCCUCCCGAGCGCUAUGGGGUCUGCCGGGCCCUUGAGAGCUUCUUCCAGCACAGGAACAUUGACACCCUGAUUGUGGACGUCUACCCAGUGCUGGACACACCUGCCAAACAAGUUCUUUGGCAGUUCGUCUACCAGCUGCUGACUUACGAGGAGCAGGAGCUCUGCCAGGAGAAAAUUGCAUGUUUCCUGGGCUACACGGCCAUGACAGCAGAGCCGGAGCCUGAGCCGGACCUGGAGCCGGAGCCCGAGCCCGAGCCUGAGCCAGUGCCCGAGUUGCAGCGGCGGAGCUCCCUGAGAGCCUCGUCCAUGUGUCGCCGCAGCCUCCGGUCCCAGGGCCUGGAGGCCAGCCUCAGUUGCGGUCCCGGCGACUGCCCCGAGAUGCCUCUUCCUCUAAUCCCGGGCGAGCGCCAGGCAGGCGACGGCACAUCCCUCCCCGAGACCCCCAAUCCUAAGAUGAUGUCAGCCGUCUAUGCGGAGCUCGAGUCCCGACUGAACAGCAGCUUCAAAGGGAAGGUGGGGACCACGUCCAGAUCCCGUGCCUCCCCACCAGGGCCCAGCCCGGCAGGCCCAGCAGGGCCCAGGACCCUGUCCAGCGUCUCGUGGCCCAGCGAGCGGCUCCUGCCCUCCCCCUGCUACUACCCACUGUGUUCAGGGGGCCUGGCCUCCCCCAGCAGCUCUGAGUCCCACCCCUACGCCAGCCUGGACAGCAGCAGGGCGCCCUCCCCACAGCCAGAACCUGGGCCCAUCCGCUCCGACAGCCCCCCCAGCCCGGACCCUGCCCGCCCACCCAGCCGCAGGAAGCUCUUCACUUUCUCCCGCCCCGUGCGAAGCCGGGAUACUGACCGCUUCCUGGAUGUGCUGAGUGAGCAGCUGGGCCCCCGGGUCACUGUCGUGGAUGAUUUCCUGAGCCCUGAGAAUGAUUAUGAGGAGAUGAGCUUCCACGAUGACCAGGGAAGCUUUGUGACCAAUGAACGGAGCAGCGCUAGUGAGUGCAUCAGCAGCAGUGAGGAAGGCAGCUCCCUGACCUACUCCUCCAUCUCGGACCACAUCCCCCCACCCCCGCUCAGCCCCCCGCCUCCACCACCUCUGCCCUUCCAUGACCCCAAGCCCAGCUCCCGCACCCCUGAUGGUCCCCGGGGCCCUGCUCAGGUGCUGGCCAAGCCCCUUACCCAACUCAGCCACCCAGUCCCUCCACCGCCCCCGCCACCCCUGCCCCCACCGGUGCCCUGUGCACCCCCCAUGCUGUCCCGGGGCCUGGGCCACCGCCGAAGUGAGACCAGCCACAUGAGUGUCAAGCGCCUGCGGUGGGAGCAGGUGGAGAACUCGGAAGGCACCAUCUGGGGUCAGCUCGGGGAAGAUUCUGACUAUGACAAGUUGAGCGACAUGGUGAAAUAUCUCGAUUUGGAGCUCCACUUUGGCACCCAGAAACCUGCCAAGCCGGUGCCUGGGCCUGAGCCCUUCAGGAAGAAAGAGGUGGUGGAGAUCCUGUCUCACAAGAAGGCCUACAACACCUCCAUCCUGCUGGCUCACCUAAAGCUGAGCCCCGCGGAGCUGCGGCAGGUGCUCAUGAGCAUGGAGCCCCGGCGCCUGGAGCCCGCGCACCUGGCGCAGCUGCUGCUCUUCGCGCCCGACGCCGACGAGGAGCAGCGCUACCAGGCCUUCCGCGAGGCGCCCGGCCGCCUCAGCGAGCCGGACCAGUUCGUCCUGCAGAUGCUAUCGGUUCCCGAAUACAAAACCCGCUUGCGCAGCCUCCACUUCCAAGCCACCCUACAAGAGAAGACAGAGGAGAUCCGGGGCAGCCUGGAGUGCUUGCGCCAGGCCUCCCUCGAGCUCAAGAACAGCCGGAAACUCGCCAAGAUCCUGGAGUUUGUGUUGGCCAUGGGCAACUAUCUCAACGAUGGACAGCCCAGAACCAACAAGACCACUGGCUUCAAGAUCAACUUCCUGACAGAGCUCAACUCCACCAAGACUGUGGAUGGGAAGUCCACAUUCCUGCACAUCCUUGCCAAAUCACUGAGCCAACACUUUCCAGAACUCCUGGGCUUUGCUCAGGACCUGCCCACUGUGCCCCUGGCUGCCAAAGUGAACCAACGGGCCCUGACCAGUGACCUGGCUGACCUCCAUGGCACCAUCAGUGAGAUACAGGCUGCUUGCCAGAGCAUGUCCCCCUCCAGUGAGGACAAGUUUGCUGUGGUCAUGACGUCCUUCCUAGAGACGGCCCAGCCGGUGCUGCGGGCCCUGGAUGGGCUGCAGCGCGAGGCCAUGGAGGAGCUGGGCAGGGCGCUGGCCUUUUUUGGCGAGGACUCCAAAGCCACCACCUCCGAGGCCUUCUUUGGCAUCUUUGCAGAGUUCAUGAGCAAGUUCGAGCGAGCACUCAGUGACCUGGAGGCUGGGGAUGGCCCACGCAGCUCAGGGAUGGUUUCACCCCUGGCCUGGUGACCUGCGGAGCUGUCCUGCCUGAGGCCCGUUCCAGUGGCCUGGAGCAGCCCAAAGCGGCCUGGGUGUGGGAGAUGGGGCCCGGCCUCCCCGUGUCUCCAGCUACCUCAGCCAUCAGGCUCUGGGCACCGGGAAAGUGCAGGGUCCGCUGGGUUCCCCUCUGUGGGCCUUGGCCCUGGCUGUGGCACCCACCGGGGGUAUGGGGCAGAGAGGAGGCGCCAACUCGCCGGGGAAUGUGAACCUUGGCUGCCCGCUGGCGUGCUCACACCGGGAGGCCUGGCUUUGCCCCGCCUCACUCUGGGCCUUGCAGCAGGUGCUGGCUGUGCACACCCUCAGGACUCUGGUCUGGUCCCAGGGAGGGGUGGCGGGGCUGUGACCCGCGAGGGGACUGUGGGUCGGCCCCUACCCUGGGGCGGCGUCUGCUGUCUGCCCCUCCGAGCUUGGCCAGAGCACACCCUGCCCCAAGCAAGGACAUCCGAAUCUCCUUUUGGAGCCUGCUUGCAGUGGGCUGGAGGGACGCCCUUGCAGAACACGCAUCCUGGAGCCUGGAGAGGGUGACAGAAGCCCUGGAACAUGCCAUGCCAGUGGGCACAAUAGGCCUUGAGGUCUCCCACCCAGCCCCGGCCUCCUGGGGCUGCUUGGAAGAAAGGGGGAGAAAGGACAGCCCUAGGUGCAGGGACCUGGGGGCCUGUGCACCCAACCUGGGUCUUGGAAGCUGGAAAAACCUGCGGCUGGCUGCAGCCCAGAAGCAGGGCCGGCAGGACAGGUGCCAGGCAGGGAUACAGGGGAGGACUGGAUUGGGAAGACACGCUACGUCAGGCUGGAGAACUGAGGGUUUUUAUCCAGCAGACAAAUUUAAGUCCAGUUUGGGGAGCCUGAGAGUGGGAUGGCAUGGGCAAGGUAGGGGCAGGGAGAAUGGGAAGAUGUUCAGGUGCUGGGUGAGCAGGACUCAGGCUGGUUGCCUGGCUGGGUCGUGGUGAUGUUCCCUGGAAUGGGUCACAUGAGCAGAGCAGGUGUUGGACUGGAUGGCACAGUGGGACAUGGUUGGGAUCCCAGAGGCUGUUUCACACGUGUAUCUGGAGGCCCUGGGGAGGUCGGCGGGUAGGGGAGACAGGGAGCAGGGGUGCUGUGGGUGGGGAGGAUGGGUUAAUUUCCUCCAUCCUUCCCAUGCUCCCUUUGGUGGUUUUGGGCAUCAGGUAGAUUCCUGUUGCCUCUUUCCUCAACUUUCUUCCAGAGAAGUCUGAAACGGGCUUUAAACUCGUCUCUUGGAUUCUUUUUCUCUCCCUACAUUCAAAUGUCUAAUGUUGCUCUUGGACAGUAUUUGGGACCCAUUCAGUUCUUGGCAGUCUCCCACAGACUGCUCUUUGAGACCAUGUAUGUUCUUUCCUUGUGAGUGGGGAGCUCACAGCCACCCUGUAAACCUGGGGCGCCGGGGGGAGGGGGCUCAGCGGGUGAAACGUCUGACUCUUGGUUUCAGCUCAGGUCAUGAUCUCAGGGCCGUGAUGUUGAAUCCCGUGUCAGGCUCCGUGCUGGGUGUGGAGCCUGCUUAAGAUUCUUUCUCUCCCUCUCCUUCUGUCCCUCCCCACCCUCCCUAAGCAGCUUUACUAGUCAUACAGGUCUCUCUCCCACGUCUGGGGCCUUGGCUGAGACAGCUGGGACAGCUCCAUGGGGCCUCCCACCCCCAGCCAAAUAGCCAGGAUGGUUCCCAUGGUGGAGGCAAGGGUCCAAGAGAACCAAAGUCACAGAAAACCCCUUGAGGUCUAAGCUCAGACCUCAGACCUGGCACACCACCGUUCCACCACAGUCUCCUGCCAAGUGACAAGGCCAGCCCAGAUUCUAGGGGAGGGCUAAUAGGCUCCACUCUUGAUGAAAGACGAUGCCAAGUCACAUGGCAGGGGGUGUGGAUUCAGGAGAAUCAGGGCCAUUUUCGCAUCACUCUACCACCUGCCCGCUUGGCCAGACAUCCCGGGACAGAUCCCAGCCUCUAAAUCCUCAGUGGUCUCGGUCCUGCCAGCUCAGUUCUGGUUAGCCAUCUCUGCAGUUCCUCCAGGUGGCAUGCUUCUCCCUCUUUCUUAACUAGUCACCCAUUACCUAGUCUCCUGACUCUACUCCAUGCAGGGGACAGCAACGCUCUGCACCUGCCUAGGCUGAUUAGUCUCCCGUCUGCUGGGGAAAGCACCCUGACUUUCAUUUGAGAAAUUAUCCCUCCCCCACUCACAGGCCCUGAGCAGUGCUGAUUGGACAAGGAUGGUCUCGUGACUCUGGCUGGGUGGCUCAGAGUCCAGUUAAGACCCAAGUUUGCACUGUUUGGAAAGGGAGGCUCCCUCUCUUCUGGAUAAAUCAUUGGAUGUAUAGAGGGUGGAACCCUGGAUGGGGCUGCGAGGACCACUGUGUGGAGGACACUUGCCUGGGUAUAAAGCCAAUACAGGGAAGAAGAGGAGAGAAGACCACUCCAUACAUCUCUUUGUUCUGGAUCCAACCAUGCCUGAGGCAGACUUCUGGACUUGUUGGUCUCUGAGCCAAUACAUUUCGCCUCCAUUUGUAAACUUUUAAAAUUUAUUUUAGUUUUUUGGGUUAGGCUGGUUUGAAUGGGUUUCUGUCGCUUGCAACACUAAGAGCAUUGGCUAAGAACACCCAUCCACAGAUGGUUAUGGAUGUUCAGUCUUUUCACAUCCUCAAUGAGCGCUCUUCAUAAUUGCAUUGGCCAACAUUUUUGACUGCCUACUAUGUGCCAGGCACCAUACCGAGUACAAAUAUCUUGUGGGUCAGCCUCUCUGAGUUUGGUUUUCUAGGGUUCUACAUCAUGGUGAUUCUAUACCCGAGUCGGUACAAAGCCCUAUAUGUGAGCCCAUAUGUGCACCAUGUCCCCCCAGCAACUCCUCACCAAGUGACAAGCUGUGAAUGGAAACAUUUAUGCCCCAGGAAUUUACUUAUUUCUCAAUAAUACUACCCAAAUAACAUAGCCUAAUUACAUGCCGCCUUUCCUAAUCACACAUGUUUACUAGGUAGUGUGCCCAACAUUUUACGUAUUUCGGCUCAUUUCAUGUUCACAGUAACCCUCUAAGAUGGGUUUUUGUCCUCUCAUUUUUACAAAUAAAAAGUGAAACUCAGGAAGGUUUGUGACUUUCUGCAUCAAAAACUCAGCCCCCCUGUCUACAUGAAAGCCCAUCCUCUGUGCGGAAAUGUCUUCUUUGUUUUGCUCAACACAAUUUUACAAAUGUACACGUAUGUAUUUCUAAUCUCGACCUGCUAUCUCCCUGACAGGA